AUGUCGCCUUCCGUAUACUUUCAAUCGGACUGGUUGAUUUUAGGUAUCGAUGGGCAACCAGGUGAACCAGGUCAACGUGGUCGUGACGGAGUCUACUUGCCGGCACCACCACCCGAAGCGAAUCUAUGUCAGAAAUGUCCCACAGGAGCUCCAGGACCACCGGGACUACCAGGGCCGAAAGGACGUCGUGGUGAGCCGGGAAAAGCCGGAAAAGCCGGUCGUAAGGGUGAGCCGAAUCGUCAAGGACCACCGGGUCCACCCGGAUUACGCGGUGAACCUGGACCACCUGGCCCAAAGGGACCACCCGGUGAUCGCGGUCGAGUACUGAACGGAGCACCUCAAGGACCAGCUGGACCACCUGGUAGAAUUGGACCUCGAGGACCUCCAGGAGGAAAAGGUCAUGAUGGCAAACCAGGGCUACCAGGUCACCAAGGUGUGAGAGGAAUGAUUGGAGAACGGGGAUUACCCGGAAAUCCUGGCCUUCCAGGUCCACCAGGCCCAAUUGGAGACCCUGGAGACCCAGGAUCAUGUGCACACUGCCAAGGAUACGCACCAUCAGCGUCAACUGAUAAACCAGACUUGCCGCCACGAGGUCCAACCCAAGAGCGUCCUUUAAACCAGCGUACCGGACAAGGUCCAAGAAGUAAUAACCGUGUCUCACCUUCCCAGCAACCACCCGAAUUCGAUGACAGUGUUUACGAUGAGAAACAGCCAUUCCGUGCUAAUAGAGAUUACCUGUGGAUUUAA